GAAAGAAAAACUGGACAAUGUAAUGAAUGUUUGAAUAUUAGUAACUUCAACGAUAUAUGUAGAUAAUGGCUCAGAAAAAUACCGAUAAGCAAAGUAAAGAAAUUAAAGAAAUAAAAGAAAAGAACCAUAAACUACAAGAAGAGAAUGAGAAGUUAAUCAGUGAAAAGAGAGAAUUAUUAUCCAGGCUAAGUCAAGUAGCAGGUGUUCGCAUGACUGAAAACAAUCCUGGUAUUGCUGAUUUAAGUGAUAUCAAUCGUCCGAUUAACCUAGGAGAGGUAUUCUCUGAAAUCUAUGACAACGAAUAUACAGAUGUGUUUGCUAAAAUAAAAGAAAGAGAGGGAGAGGAAAAGAUCAAAGAAAUUCAUAGCAAAAUGUUAAAUACUGCAGAGAGUUGUUUAAAAUUUUGUCAAGAGAGGGCAGAAGUACAGUUUGGGAAGAUCGUGGAAGCUGUUGGUUUAUCUGCCCAAAAGGAAAAAGAAGGAAAAGAUCAUUUACCUAAAGGUGUGUUGAAACACAUCAAAGAAUUACGGACUUCAUUAUUGGAGAAAGAACAGCCCCAUCUUGAAGAGGAUUAUCUGAACAAAACAAAGGGUCCUGGUUUGCUGGAUUUUAAAGAUGAAGAUGUAAAAAAUUUUGUAUGCCGAUGCUUAUCAUUAUUUUGGAAGGCAUGCAUACAGACACCCCCAUUGUGUUUUGACUUUGAUAUAAAGUCAGGUACUCAGUAUGAUAACUCAGUCCACAGGAAAUGCACAGUUAAUGGAUCUGAAAUAGACUAUACUGUGUGGCCUGUAAUGUAUUUGCAUGAAAAAGGACCUGUUCUUGUCAAAGGAAUUGUUCAGUGUAAAAAGGAAAAGAAUGAAACAAAGACUAAAGCAUCUGCUGACAAACCUCAGAACCUUCCAGGCAGAGCUGUCAAAGUAGAGACAGAUAAUCAACAGGAAAAGAAAACUCGAACUUCUCAAGGCCCCUCACCUUCUAAACCUGCUGAUAGAGUGGCAAAGAAAACUCAAGAUAAUCAAGCAUCAAAUGUUAAGUCACCAAAUAGAGAUCAACAGUAAAGAUCCAUAUAUUCUAGGUCAUUAUUUAUUACAAGAAUUGAAAUUUACUACCAAGGAUUAAACUUUAUAUGUACAUAAAAUUUUAAUUUAGUUAUAUUUUUUUCCUGCCAAUGAAUAAUUCUUAAAUUAAAUUACUUGACAAUCAAAUAUAUCAAUCAUAUGGUAAAAAUCAAGUGUAAUAUUUUCAUAGAUAUUUAGUUUUACUGGUUUAAAACCAGGAGAGCUUAUGCAAUAGUUGGGUGUCUACCUUCUGUCAUCUUGUCUAUAAAACUUUUAAAAAAUCCUACCCUCCAAGAUAUUUUCUAUGAUUUCAAUAAAUAUUGGUCCACAGUAUUCAAUGAAUGGUAUAUCAGACUAGCUAAGGAAAAACAGUACAUGAAUUCCUCCUCCAAUUUCGCUCAGAGAAGGUAUGAUUGUUUAUACGCGAUCAAAAUUAGAUCUAAGGUGCAAUCUCUCUUGUUUGUUCAUAUGAUUUACAUUUAUGAAAAAUUUGAAGCAUUUCAUUUUUUUAUUUUAACAUUUGAAGGAAGAGUAAAUCAGCCGUGCACUUGAUUUCGAAGCAUCUGCUCAACUUCAACAAAACGAACUUGAGUCUUGACAUUUUAGGUGGCCAUGAACCUUGAGACGGUACAAUUCUUUAAUUUAUUUAAUUUGAAUCUUUAAUUUUGGCUAUUGUUUUUUGAUGAACGAUAACACUGCAUAUUGACAAUCAAAAUAAAAAUUAGGUUCUUAUAUAACGUUACUAUGGCUGGUUCAAGGAGAAGUGAUUUUUUAAGUUUACAGACGUAAAUUACACCAGUAGAGUGAAUCAGAGAUCUACUGUAACAAUGUGUUUUUCAUUUAAAUUUUUUUUUAAAUAAUUAUUGUUUUGUUUAGUAAAAUUACUUAAUACUAUGAUAUUCAAAUAUGUUUCAGUCUGAAAUCAAAUGUUAGAAAUAAGCUCUUGAUUUACACCUAAGGUGAGCGCUUUAUCUUUUAUCCACUAAUUUGUGAACAGGAAGCACUUUGAACUGUUUGAACUAAUUUUUUAAAUCCCAUUAAGGUCAAUUUAAAACGAGUUUUAUGAAAUUUUGAUUAUAUCAUUUCUUAGCAUUGUAUGGUUUUGCGCAAACUUGUAAAAGUGAAAGUCACACAUAGACUAUGCAUUCUCAUUGUUUUUGUUUUGUUUUUAAAUUUUUAUUUAUUUUAUUUUAUUUUUUAAUUAUAAAGCUUUCUUUCCAGACAGAUUUUAUACAUGAAGUAAACUUUUCAAAUACGACUAGUUUAAAAAGUAGUUAUAUUGCAGAUUGUAUUUGAUAAAAUCUAUUAGAUUGGACAAAACAUAUGUCUAUAAUAUCCGUCCAUCUAGUCUUCCAUCUAUUUGUUUAUACAUGUAUUUAGUAUACAUUAACAGCAGUGAAAUCUAUUACUUGUUCAGUAUGACGUGUUUAAUAUGGUAUAAUUUGAUUUUUGCCUAGUAAGGUAAUUUGAAAUUCCCUUUCCUUUAAUUUGAAAUAUUUAUUCUAAAUUAUUAAUCUACUCUUGCGUUUUAUACUGAAGUUUGAAGAAAAGGAAAUUAAAAAAAAACAACAAACUAUUCCAAUAAAGUCUAUUAAUAUUGAGCAAAAUCGUUCACUGUAAUCUUUUGAUUUAUCAAGUGCAUGUAUUUUUACCCAACAGUAUUAAUCUAGGGAUGAUGCUGAGCGCAAUCAAAAAAUCAUUUAAUAAUAGUGUUCAAGACACUUUAAAUUUGUACUGCCUGUAUAAAACUCUUUUUCAUAAAAGAAAAUUGUUAUUUUCACCUCUUUAUAAAGUCUUUUUAAGGUCACUGAAUGAACAGAAAAAAUAUUUUAAAGUUACAUGUAUGUAUAUCCUUUAAGAUACAUUUACAUGUGUCUUAUACAUUUUGUCUCCAUUUUAUUUUUCUGUUUGUAAUUUUUAAGUAUCCCAUCUAAUGGCAAUUAUUCUUUUUAAUAUAAUUUAUAAAUAUGGCCACGGAUGUUUUCUAUUAACAAUUGAUGUAGCAU